GUUGGUAGUGUAGAUCUUCGAAGACGAGUCUUCAGUGUGCGUUCCCAAACAAGCCCUAAAUAUGGAAGAAAAGCACAAUUCACCGGCGACCGCCACCGAAACGGCACUACAAUCGUCGGCGGAGCCACCAUCUUCAAGGAGAAGAGGCGGAGGGCUGAAGAGGAAAGCCUCGAAUAUUAGCAACAGCAUCACAUCUACUCCGCCUCCGUCGUCUUCGAAGCGUCAAACACGAGAGAAACCCUCCCCGGUACUGUUCCCUCCGAUCCACAAUGGACCGUGCACCAGAGCUCGCCUACAACCAAAUUACACCGAUUCCACGGCAUUUUGGGACGCGGUGAUUGUAAAUGGCGAAGGAGAAGGCUCAAUGUUGUCCACGCCGGUGGCGGCGAAGGUGGAGGAGGAGUUGAUUGCUAGGAAAGAAGCUUGGGAGGCGUUGGAAUUGAAGAUAGAAGCUGAAUAUGAAGACUUAAAGUCGCGUGAUGCUAAUGCGCAUGUUGCACCAAUUUCUUCUGGUUGGUUCUCAUGGACAAAACUUCAUCCAUUAGAGGAGAGAGCAUUGCCUUCUUUCUUCAAUGGAAAGUUGGAGAAUCGGACUCCUGAAAUCUACAUGGAGAUACGUAACUCCAUUAUGAAAAAAUUCCAUGCAAAUCCCAAUACCCAAUUAGAAGAAAAAGAUCUUUCUGAAAUCUCAGUUGGAGAAUUGGAUGCCAAGAAAGAAGUAAUGGAGUUUCUAGACUAUUGGGGUUUGAUCAAUUAUCACCCAUUCCCUGAGACAGAUCUCCCUACCUCCAUGGCUGAUGCUGAAGAAUCUGAAGAAACUGAAAAAGCUGAAAAAGCUGAGAAAGUAAAUUCAUUAAUACAAAAGUUAUACGAGUUUGAGGUGGAGCAAUUGUGUACGCCAGCUGUCCCGAGGAGUAGUUUUGCAACGCCAGCUGUCACAUCCAGGUUGCCAGAGACCAUGAUAGCUGAUGAAUCAUUGCAGCCUGAAGGACCUUCUGUUGAGUAUCACUGUAAUUCAUGUGCAGCUGAUUGCUCUAGAAAACGUUACCAUUGUCAGAAACAGGCAGAUUAUGACUUAUGUACUGAAUGCUUCAAUGCUGGAAAGUUUGAUUCCGACAUGUCACCAUCUGAUUUCAUUCUCAUGGAGCCUGCUGAUGCUGCUGUUACAAGUAGUGGGAAAUGGACAGAUCAAGAGACACUACUCCUUCUAGAAGCUUUGGAACUCUUUAGUGAAAACUGGAAUGAGAUUGCUGAACAUGUGGCCACAAAAACCAAAGCUCAAUGUAUUCUACACUUUGUUCAAAUGCCAAUUGAAGACACUUUUCGUGAUUGUGAUGAUGAAGAAGAUGAUGAUUCAAGUCAUAAAGAGAAGGAUUUGAAGAAAGAUGAAAGUUGUAAUGAGAAUGAAGAAAAGAAAGAAGUUGAUGAAAAUGAUGAGAAAAUGGAAGGUGGUGUGGAUGGAAUCAGUGAUUCUGUUGAUGUGAAAGAAACCGAGGAGUCGAAAGCAUUGGUGGAGAAUGAUGAUUCGCCUCCUGAUGAUUCGUCUCCAAUGGAGAUUUCGGAAUCAGUGAUUCCUGGGAAUUUGAAAGAUAAUCAAGAAAAUGGUGUGGAUGUUGCAUUGAAAGCAUUGAGAGAAGCUUUUGAGGUUGUGGGGUCUCUUCCUUCCAUUGAUGAGAAGCUUUCUUUUGCUGAUGCUGGUAACCCUGUCAUGGCAAUGGCAGCAUUUUUAACUCGGUUAGUGGACCCCAACAUUGCAACAGCAACAGCCCGAAAUUCCUUGAAAUCCGUGUCAAGUGGGGCCACUGGCUUGCAACUGUCUGCAAGACAUUCAUUCAUUAUCGAAGAUCCUGUUGAUGAAAAGAAGAAACCAGAAGAAGCCGAGAGAGAUGAUGUAGAGGAAGCUGUGGAGCAAGAGGAUUUGAAAGAGAAGAACGAUUCUGACAAGGAGGGUAUAAAUGGAACUGAAAAAGAUAAGGAGUUGGUGGUUGCUGAUGAAAAAAAGGAAGAUGAAGGGGUUACAACAGAAGUGGUGGUUUCCAAAAAAGGAAAGAAUACACGAAGAAAGAAAGGUAAGGAAGGUAAGGAAUCGGUUGCUGUUGAAGAAAGUAAUGAGCAAAAAUCUGAAGCUGAGAAUUCUUCAAGUUCUAAAAAAGUGUCUGAAGAUUCUGGUGAGAGUGUUCCAAAAGAUGAGGAGAUGUCAGAGAAGACAGAGGAGCCUCAUGAACCUAAUAAUGAUAAUACUUCAAUGGCUGAAAACACAGAAAAUUCAGGGGAGGCAGAAGCAAAAGAGUGUAAGAAUGUGAAGAAGAAACAAGCACCAGAGGCAGAAACUAAAAAUGACCAAAAUAUCCAUAACAUGACACGCGCAGCUGUCACUGCCAUCUCAGCUGCAGCAGUCAAGGCAAAAUUACUUGCAGACCAGGAAGAAGACCAGAUUCGGAAACUUGCCACGUCGUUGAUAGAAAAACAGUUGCAGAAAUUGGAAACGAAGUUGGCUUUCUUCACGGAAAUGGAUGGUGUGGUGGCACGGGCAAGGGAUCAAUUAGAACGGUCAAAGCAAAGACUAUACCAUGAACGGGCCCAAAUAAUUGCCGCCCGUUUGGGGAUGUCAUCCACCACCGCCGCCGCUAGGCCCAUCCCACAACCACCAAGGGCAGGAAUGUCAUUUCCAAAUCCAACACAAAGACCUCCAAAUCCAAAUCCAAAUCCAAUGACAAAUCCCAUGACCAUGACUCCGCCUCAAAGACCGCCACCUUCAAGACCCAUGACGAUGGCACCAACGCCACCGCCACCGCCACCUCCUACAGUCGCCGGAAACCCGUCCUCGGUUGGAAUGAAGUGAGGGGAGGGCAAAAUUGUAAUUUGGCAUUGUGUUGUACCACACGAAAGUUCUAACAAGUUUUUAGUGAGUUACUACAAAGGACUAUGGUGGAAAUUAAAAUCUUGGGGUUCUAAUAUUAGAGGUGGUAUGUUGAUGAGUUUUUUUUUUUGGAUUAUGUUUUUUUAAUAAUUAAUGUUUAAUGUUGUGUAGAUAUAGAGGGAUUGUAAGUGUGUGUUUUGGAACUAGAAGGGUGUCUUUGUUAACUUUUUAAGGUGUGGGUAGGUAUUUGUAUGUUUGGUUGUGGAUACUUUUUCAUUUUUAGUUGUAUUUUAGUGUACUUUAAUUGUUAAAA